CAAAAAGUAGUAGCAAGCACACUGCAACAGUACAUUUGUCCAAUUUCACCAAUCGGAAAUUCAGGAACAAAGUCGCCAUAUAAAAAAUGAGAAUUCGAAACAUGUAAAUUUUGGGACUAACAUCAAGCUUAUUAAAACGUACGUAAAAUCCUUAACUUUUUAAGUGUCAAUUUAUGAAAAUAUUGGAACUGGAGAGUAACAGAACAACAUAUAUAGAAAUGGCUUCGACUGGAAUUAUAAAUUAUCUGCGCGAUAGCAGUAACAAGAGUCUAGCUGAUUUUGUGCCUUCUGAAAUUUAUCACAUGAUUGAUCCAUAUUGGUACAGUUGGCCACCAAUGGAACCAAUGUGGUUUGGAGUUAUCGGUUUUUUCGUAUCGAUUUUGGGCGUAAUGUCAUUAUCGGGCAAUUUCAUUGUUAUGUAUAUAUUUACUUCAUCAAAAUCACUCCGAACGCCAUCAAAUAUGUUCGUUGUGAACCUUGCCUUUUCAGAUUUCAUGAUGAUGUUUACAAUGUUUCCACCAAUGGUUUUAAAUAGCUUCUAUCAAACCUGGAUUAUGGGACCGCUUUUAUGUGAAAUUUAUGGUCUCUGCGGUUCAUUAUUCGGAUGUGUGAACAUCUGGUCAAUGACUUUAAUUGCACGUGAUCGCUACAACGUUAUUGUUAAAGGUAUAUCACGCAAACCUUUAACUGCUACUGGUGCUUUAAUUCAGCUAUUGGUUAUUUGGUGUAUUUGUGGCAUAUGGUCCAUUUUACCAAUGUUGGGUUGGAAUCGUUAUGUACCAGAGGGAAAUUUAACUGUAUGCGGAACUGAUUAUUUUGCUAAAGAUUGGUGGAACCGUUCCUAUAUUAUGGUUUAUUUCGUUUGGGUUUACGUGACUCCAUUAUCUACAAUUAUUUACUCGUACUGGUAUAUUAUGAAGGCUGUCCGAAUCCAUGAACAGCAAAUGCGGGAACAAGCAAAAAAGAUGAAUGUGGCUUCUUUACGAAACAGUGAGGCUGAUAAGGGUAAAUCAGUCGAAAUUAAGUUAGCAAAAGUUGCUUUGGUUACAAUAUCUUUGUGGUUCUUCGCAUGGACGCCUUACACAGUAAUAAAUUUUUCUGGUAUAUUUGGUUCUAUGUAUCUUUCGCCUUUAAGUACUGUUCUGGGUUCAGCUUUUGCAAAAGCAAACUCAGUGUAUAAUCCAAUUGUGUAUGGACUUAGUCAUCCCAAAUACAAACAGGUGUUACGUGAGAAGAUGCCAUGUCUGGCAUGUGAUCGCAAAGAUACUGGUUCUGAUGCAAAAACUCAAGUUACUGCAGAAUACAGCGAGUCGGUAGCCUAAAACUACCACUCAAAACUUAUUUUAAGCAAUAGAAGGAACUUCGGCCGUUUCAUUGAUCUUUAAUAAUAUUGUAAAAAACGUAUAGAUUUCAGAAAAUGUUAUUCUCUUCAAAAUAAGUUUAAAUGCGGAAGUAACAUACGUGACGAAACUAAGUUAUAAAUAAAGCAAAGCAUUUGAUUAAAAAUCAA